AAUUAUUUAAUUUUUCGCGCUAUUCUGGGAUGUUUUGAAAAAUAAUUUUCUCUGGUACCGGAAUUAUAAGUCGACAUGAGCCAUGAUAAUGGUCUUCCGUCGCGUGAUUCGCCAUCCUGAUUUAACCUGGUUGCCGCUUUUAAAAACUUAUCGUCCUGAUGAGGUGACAAGGUGUCGAGAGAGUAAAUUGCGAAAACUCUCGGAUUUUCGUACAAAGCAAUCGGUUCUAAGUGUAAACAUGUGUUCUUUCUGUUUUUAAUGAGUAUAUUUACCAAGUACGAAAAUGGCUCAGGAUACUGAUGAUAUCAAUUUGACUCCUCAAGAAUUACAAAUACUAUCUGAGUUAGACAGUCGGCAGUUUGGAUUUUUAAAAUUAAAUUCACCAGAGCAAACAAAGAAAAAAGCUUUAGUUGUUCGUGCAAUUAAGUAUUUAGAAAGAAUGUUAGUUCAAGCGCAAGCUGAAAAUCAACGUAGAAAAGCAGAUAGUACAAAAAUGAAUCCUGAUGAAUUAAAGGAUGAUGAUGAAGAUAAAGGAAUUAGUAUUGAUCCUAAAACAUACUGUAAAUUAGGACAUUUUCAUUUACUUUUAGAAGAUUAUAGCAAAGCCAUGUCAGCAUAUCAAAAAUUUUAUUCCUUAAAAGGAGAUUAUUGGAAGGAUGCUUCAUUUUUAUAUGGUCAAGGACUUGUUUAUUAUCACUUCAAUGCUUUUCAAUGGGCCGUGAAAGCAUUCCAGCAGGUGCUAUGGGUGGAACCAGGAUUUCCACGAGCCUGCGAGGUUCACCUACGGCUCGGCUUGAUGCUGAAGGUCCACGCUGACUUUGAUGCCGCCUUGAAGCACCUGACACUCGCUUUGAUCGAUGCCACGACACCUGCCUCUUUUUCCAAGCUUGAAAUAAAAUUUCACAUAGCUCAUUUAUACGAAGUCCAGGGGAAGUAUCGUCUUGCUAAAGAACAUUACGAGGCAUUGCUCAAGGAAAAAACUCUGCCUUCGCACCUGAAGGCCGACAUUUGUCGUCAAUUAGGAUGGAUGUACCACGUGGUUGAUUGUACAGUUCUUGGUAUAACAAGACAGCAGAAGCAAGCAAUUGCCAUCCACUGUCUGCAAAAAUCUAUAGAAGCGGAACCGAAAAGCGGGCAAAGCCUUUACCUGUUGGGACGUUGUCUCGCCGCUUCUGGAAAAGUUCACGAUGCAUUUAUCGCUUACAGAUUAAGUUUCACGCAUGAUUCUAUACAAGACACGUUGAAAAAUAGACUUUUCUGCUUGAUUUCUAAUGGGAAGCUUGAAAGCAAAAAGAAAAAAAUGAAAGCUCACCUGUCCAUGAAAGUUGAAACGUCAUGUAGUAAAAUAGUUUCUUUCUUUUAUAGGGGUAAUAACAAUACACCAAAUUGCACGGGUUCACUGGUGGGCCUGGGUGGUGCUAAAUCAGGUGGUAAUACCCCGAUGAACCCAUCGCUACAACAGCGGAUCAACUUCCUCCAAAGUCAUCUGAGCCAAGCACCAAUGCCUUCCGUUGCUACCAAGAGGCGGCAACUGCCGUCUAUAGAAGAGGCUUGGAACUUACCCAUUAGUGCUGAGAUGUCUAGUAGACAGCAACAACAGCAACAAACACCCACUGGUCCGGGUUAUAAAUAUGGUUCCACUCCUUCUGGACCACCACCUCCUUAUCCUCAAGGACAAGGGCAGAAUCUAAAUACAAAAAGAUUUAAGCCGGGAGAAGAACCAAUUUCUCCAGGUUCACAACAGAGACCACCACCAUUUUAUCUCACGUCUCAACAACUGCAGAUGUUACAGUUUCUUCAACAAAAUCAUGGAAGUUUAACGCAACAGCAGCAAGGUUUGCUUGCACAAUUACAACAACAAUACAGAUGUAUGCAACAACAUCAACAACAAAUUAGAUUACAACAGCAACAAGCUGCUCAAAGAGGUUUAAGGCCAGGACAACCUGGUUAUCCUACAGGUUACAAUCAUUCACAACUAGGACAAUCUGGCGUGAUCAAGAAUUACGGGAUACCUCAGCAACCGUUGCAACAAGGUGGAACUGUUGCAUUACAAACAGGAUUCUCAGAUUCUAAUGUCGGUUAUAACACGGCAGCAACUGGGAACAGUCAAACACCAGGAAUGCCUUACAAAUCUGCCUCUGAUUCAAACUAUCCUCAAAGGCAAUUGACAUCCGGCCAAUAUAACCAAUAUCAGCCUAACCAAUACACUGCCCAGGGUUACACACAAAUAUCGUCCACGACGAGUAAUUAUCCCGAAGGUUCCGCGGGAAAUAAAGACCUGGGAGUAACAGAUCAAGAAUUACAGGCUUUGUUAUCACAAAAAGAUAUUGCGACGUCCUUGGCGGAGGAUUUAUUGAAACAUUUUGGUUCAGAAGAUUUAGACGUAAAAGAAGAAGCACCGAGCAUCAUGAACAAUGGCACAUUAAGUUCAGGUCCGUUCUCACCGUCAAAUCUCGAAGAGAGUACAGAAAAAAUCAAAGAGGUAAAACUAGAGAAGGUUGAGGAUAGUCAACCUUCGUCUACGUCGAAACUCGAAGCAUACGAAAAAAGCAAUACAAAGACAUCGACUUCUGUAGUUGAGACGGUGAAAUGUGAAGCGACUUCGAGUACAAAUAAAAUCGAAUCAGUUGCUCGGAUUGAACCGGUGCUUAAAUUGGAAAGCUUGUGUGAAUCACAACCUGAACAAGAACUUAGUAUAGAUAUGGAUUCUAAGGGUAUUAUAGAAGCAUGUAAAGGUCAGGGAUUAAAAGGUGUACCAAAUUGCUCCAUUCUGAGUGAUCGUUCACCUCCACCCGCUCCACCUGAUCCUCCAAAUCAGAGACUAACCAAGGAACAACUCUUACCCCCAACUCCUAGCGUUUAUUUAGAGAAUAAAAAAGAUGCGUUCAGUCCACAACUCCAAGAGUUUUGUUUAAAGCAUCCGAUAGCUGUGAUUCGCGGUUUAGCAGCCGCUUUGAAAUUAGAUCUUGGAUUGUUCUCAACGAAAACUUUGGUAGAAGCAAAUCCAGAUCAUGGUAUCGAGGUAAGAACACAAAUGCAACAGACCAGCGAUGAGAAUUGGGAUCCUGUCAUGGGCAGAAAAGUUUGGGGUUGUAUCAGUCACAGAAGCCACACAACUAUUGCGAAAUAUGCGCAAUAUCAGGCGUCAAGUUUUCAAGAAAGCUUGAAAGAAGAAAGGGAGAAAGCUCAAGGUAUACAUACCUCGAAUUUAUCCGAUUCAGAUUCGAAAGAUAGUACUGGUGCUGUUAGAAGAAAGAAAAACGCUUUUGGAUUGGCGGGUCGACCAGGUUCGAAGAUGUUGCGAUUUGGGACCAAUGUAGAUUUAUCAGACGAAAGAAAAUGGAAACCACAGCUUCAGGAGUUGAUGAAAUUACCGGCAUUCGCGAGAGUUGUUUCGGCGGGAAACAUGCUCAGCCAUGUUGGCCAUGUUAUUUUAGGAAUGAAUACUGUUCAGUUGUACAUGAAGGUACCUGGUAGUAGAACACCCGGUCACCAGGAAAAUAAUAAUUUUUGUUCUAUUAAUAUCAAUAUUGGACCAGGAGAUUGCGAAUGGUUUGCAGUGCCUGAUGCAUAUUGGGGAAUAAUUUGCUCACUUUGUGAGCGAAAUAAUAUCAAUUACCUUCAUGGUAGCUGGUGGCCUUCUCUAGAAGACCUGUAUGAGGAAAACAUUCCUGUAUAUAGGUUUUUACAAAGACCAGGUGAUCUCGUUUGGGUUAAUGCGGGUUGUGUACAUUGGGUUCAAGCUGUUGGAUGGUGUAAUAAUAUUGCAUGGAAUGUAGGCCCUUUGACUGCUCGACAAUAUCAACUAGCAAUUGAACGUUAUGAAUGGAAUAAACUACAAUCAUUUAAAUCUAUAGUACCAAUGGUACAUUUAUCCUGGAAUUUAGCCAGAAAUAUCAAAGUAUCAGAUCCCAGAUUAUUUGAAUUAAUUAAAAAUUGCCUAUUAAGGACAAUGAGACAGUGUUGUUUAAUAUUAGAAUUUGUGAAAAGUAAAGGUGUAGAAGUUCGGUUUCAUGGACGAGGAAAAAAUGAAGCAUCGCAUUAUUGCGGCCAAUGCGAGAUUGAAGUAUUUAAUAUCUUGUUCAUAAGGGAACAAGAAAAACGACACGUCGUGCACUGUAUGGAUUGUGCACGAAAACAAUCCCCAUCCUUAGAAGGAUUUGUUUGCUUAGAAGAAUAUAGAAUGCGUGAUUUAAUGGAGGUUUACGAUGGAUUUACUUUACAUACCUCUCUAACAACUCCUUCAUCAGCUCAGUCUAGCCAAUCCUCCUGAGAAUACAUGCAACACAGAUAUUUAGACUUCUUAGGCACUUUGCAGUGACUUUGAUAGUACAAUAUCUGUGUUUAAAAAAAAUCUUUAUAAUAAGGAUUGUUUAAGUACCUGAGAGCUAUUAUGAAGAAAAUGAAAACAGAUCGAAAAAUUUUAUAUGUUAGACUGUAUAGUCAAACAUCUGUUUCCAUAUUAAUUUUAAGGUACGCACAAUAUAUGUUGUAUAUGAAAGAAUUGAAAAUUUUUAAUAUUCUGACAAUUAGUUAGUACUAUUUACACAAACUGAAAACUAUAUUCGAUCAAUUUUAUAUUGGAUUAAUACAAAAUCUCCAAAACAUUGUUCUAGCUCUCGGGCAUAGAAAAUUGAAGCUAAGUUAAACGAGAGAAGACUGUGCUUUACUUGUAAAUUACUUGAUAUCAUCAUUUGCUAAAACUUUGCAAUAAGAUAUAAUGAACAUAAUUAUCAAACUUGGUCACGUUUCUUAUCAGUUUUAUGUCAUGGCUAGAGUCUGAAAAGCAUUUAAUAUUCAUUUUUAUCAUGAAA